CAUAGUCAAAGUCCACGAAGACCUGACUGCCUGCAAAACAGAACUGAAUUCCACAUAAAUGCAGCUUCAUUGACUCUGAGCUCUUCUUCUCUCUGUGGUCAUAGACAGCUGGCACACCGUUUUCCUCUCUUUCAUCCUCGGAAGAACAAAUAGCUGCGUUUCACUCCGGGGUGAGGUUUGACCAGAAGAAGAAGAAGAUGGUCUAUGAAAUUCCUGACCUCCCCAGUGGGCCACUGGACCACUACAGGAAAAUGGCCACUUUCAGCUGGAAGGACAUGUUGUAUUUUAUUGAUGGAGAGGACAUACUGGCAUUCAAGCACCAUAUCUUCUCAACACUGGAGAAUGACCCCAUUUUUGCUCGACAACCUGGCGAAGACCUCCCUUUGGAGAAAAUGAGAGAAUUAACGUUCCUCAGGACGAAGCAGCUCUUCCGCUACAACUUCUUGACAGAAGAAGAGGUGAUGGCCAACCCUUGGAAGACGAUCAUCGUUAGUGACUGUCUGGGCAUGUAUGAUUCUUCCUUGUUGGCCAAGUUCACUCUCAACAGAGGGAUGUUUGCUUUGACUAUCGCCACCACAGGAUCAGGCAACCAGGAGCUGGUUGAAAAAGUUAAAGAUAUGACGAUAUUUGGAUGUUUUGCACUGACUGAGCUGAGUCAUGGCAGCAACACCAGAAACAUGAGGACAACGGCCACGUACGACCCCACCACGCAGGAGUUCGUUAUCCACUCUCCGGACUUUGAGGCCGCCAAGUUCUGGGUGGGGAGCAUGGGCAAGACAGCAACCCACGCUGUGGUGUUUGCACAGCUCUACACCAGUGACCAAGUGUGCCACGGCCUGCACUCCUUCAUUGUGCCGAUUAGAGAUCAUAAAACCUUGCUGGCUUUACCUGGUGUCUUGGUUGGAGAUAUGGGAAAGAAGCUGGGCCAGAAUGGACUGGAUAAUGGGUUUGCAGUUUUCCACAAUGUGAGGAUCCCACGGGAGAAUCUGUUAAAUAAAACAGGAGAUGUUACUCCUGAUGGCCGCUACGUUACACCAUUCAAGGACCCUGGCAAGCGUCUUGGAGCUUCUUUGGGUUCCCUAUCAGGUGGCAGGGUGUCCAUUGCCAGGAUGGCAUUGACCAGCCUGAAGAUGGCCCUGACCGUGGCCAUUCGCUUCUCAGCCACAAGGCAGCAGUUUGGGCCCAAAGACUCGGAGGAGAUUCCUGUUUUAGAGUACCAGUUACAGCAAUGGCGCCUGAUUCCGUUCCUGGCAGCAGCGUAUGCGUUCGAGCAUUUCACCAAAUCUACCUACAUGGACUUCAUUGAGUUUCAGAUGGGACAAAUGAUGAGGGACAAGAGUGAGAGACAAGCAGAGUUGGGAAGGGAGAUCCACGCUAUCGGCUGUUCCAGUAAGCCAGUGAGCUCGUGGACCGCUCAGAGGGCAAUUCAGGAGUGCAGAGAAGCCUGCGGUGGUCAUGGAUACCUGGCUAUGAGCCGUCUGGGUAGCAUCCGGGAUGACAACGACCCAAACUGCACCUACGAAGGAGAUAACAAUGUGCUGUUGCAACAAACCAGCAACUACCUGCUCAGCUGGCUCCACGUGGAGCGCUGUGAUGGUGUGCGAAUUGAGUCUCCUCUUCACACUGUGGAUUUCCUAGAAGAUUUCCAUGACAUCCUGAAAAGCCAAUUUACAGCAACGACGAUGAAAGAGUGUUUGGACCCUGCAGUACCGCUGGCAGCGUACAAGUGGCUGGUCUGUUUCCUUCUCAAGGAGAGUCACAGGAGGCUGGAAGAGCAAAGGGCGUCUAGCAAGGAUGAGUUUGAGGCUCGUAACAACUGUCAGGUUUAUUACUGUCGUUCGCUCGCGUUGGCCUACAUCGAGCAUGUGGUACUUCAGAGAUUUCACCAGCAGACCGCUGACCCCAACACGCCAGCUGCUCUCAGACCAGUCCUCAGGAAGCUGUGUGCCCUCUACGGACUGUGGAUCCUCAGUAGUCACAUGACCACGCUCUAUCAGGGUAAUUAUGUGAGUGGAGGGAGGCCAGCAGAGUUGGUCCAGGAAGCCAUUCUCACCCUUUGCUCGCAGCUUAAAGGAGACGCCGUCGCACUGGUGGAUGUUUUUGCGCCACCCGAUUUCAUCCUCAACUCUCCUCUUGGCAAAGCGGAUGGACAGCUUUAUAAGAACUUGUGGUCCACGGUGAUGCAGGGCAACCAGGUGCUGGAACGCCCGUCCUGGUGGAAGGAGUUCUGCUACAACAAACCUGUGGUUGGUUCCCUGCGCCCAAAGCUCUAGACUUCUUUCUACGCGUUGUGCAGCAGAUCAGCUGGAUGAGCGGCUGAAUUCUGGAUGAAGAACGUUUCCCAGAAUCCUGUGCAUGCUUCACAACUGGGGAAAAUUCAUGAUUGACACAAUUUUUUUUCAUAGGGAAGUAAUCUGUUUGCUGAAACAUGGAGCAGUUAUAGACUGUCUUGCUGGCUUUUCUCCUUUGUGUUUGAUUUAAUCACAAAUUUUAAAAAAAAAUUGCUGUAAAUUCUAUUUUCACUCCGGGAUUCUCCUGGAAUUUUAUG